AUGGGGGCAGAAGGCGAGACCGAGCCGUCUGCCCCGACAAUCGUCCGAGUGCAGACCGCAGCAGCGCAGGGCAGCAGGAAGAAGCGGAAGAGCGAGGCCGCUCGAUCGCCCGCGGACGCGCCCGUCGCGGAAGUGAACAUCCAGUAUGAGGGUCUGCCGCCCGACAGCCGCCUGAAGCUUGAUGAGGCGCUGCGGGGCUGGGCGGAGUGGCACGCUGCCAAGUACCUGCCCGGCUAUGUGCCGCCCGAGGUGGUCAGCGGCAGCCUGGGCUACCGCCCCGAAACCAUGGAGCUGGCCUGGGAGGACAAGCCCGCGGCCCCGGGCGUGGGCCCGGCAGAAACGAUGUGGUUCAACGUCAAGUAUGAGCAGGCGGGCGGCGUGCCGCGGUACGACCGCCACACCGACAACCAGCUGGCUUACUCCAACAAGAAGCGGCCCUCAGACACGCUGCUGGCGGCAGAGGAGGCGGCCGCGGGCGCCGGCGGCGCGGGCAAGCCCGUCAAGCGCCUGCGCAGCAGCAACAGGUGCUUCAACUGCGGCAGCUACGGCCACACGAUGCGGGAGUGCUGGAGGGAGCACAACCGGGAGCUGGUGGAGGAGAGCAAGAGGCACGUGGGGCUGAGCUGGCGCCACGCUGAGCUGGCGCCACGCUGCGGCAUGGAGCAUGCGGAGGCGCGGGGCCCCGCCUACCGCUCCGCGCCCAAGCGCUACUACCUGGAAGGGGCGGCGGAAGGUGGCGACGGGCGCCGCGGGCUGGAGCAGGUGGAAGGGGAGUUUGCCGGGCUGGCGCCGGGGGUGCUGAGUGAGGACCUGCGUCAGGCGCUGGGCAUUGGCCCCACGGCUCCUCCGCCCUGGCUGCAGCGCAUGCGGGAGAUGGGCCUGCCGCCGGGCUACAUGGCUCCCGUGCCAGCAGAGGCGGACCCACCUCUGGCGGCAACAGGCAACGGCAGCAGCCGGCCGGCAGCAGCGGCGGCGCCUGCUGCGGAUCAGCCCCUGGAGGAUUUCAUUGCUCUGGAGGCCAGCCCGCCGCCGGAAGCUGGCGAAGAGGCAGGUGCCACGCCAGUGAAGCUGGAGUGCCGGGUGCUGUUCCCAGGGGUCAAUGCCCCUGCCCCAGAGGGCGCAGACGCGGCCGCCUGGGCGCCGCCGCCGCCCCAGCGCCAGCCCUCGCUGCCGCCGGGCUUCGGCGAGGCCACGCCGGCCUCGUACGGCACGCCGGCGGCGGAGCGGUGGCAGCAGCGGCAGCCUGGUUCGGCAGAAUGGGGCGGCAGCGGCGGCGGCAGCGGCGGCGGGCGCUGGCAGCCGAUGCGCGGCCUGCACCCGCCCCGCCACGCUGCCUCAGAAGGCAGCCUGGCAGCAGUCAGGGCCGAACCGGCCACCAGCCAGCAGCAGCAGGUCACGCCGCCACGGCCCGCGGGCCCAGCUUACGGCGCCUCGGCGCCAGAUGCGUACCAGGCGGCGCAGCCGCAGCAGCCGGCAGCCCAGCUGCUGCCGCCUGGGUUCGGUCAGCAGUACCAUGCUCAGCAGCUGUAUCAGCAGUACCAGCAACAGUACCAGCAGGCGCAGCAGCAACAGCUGCAGAUGCUGCAUCAUCUGCAGCAGCAGCCUGCUGAGGCGGUCUACAGCAUCAGCCGCUCCGACCCCGGCCACCUCCUCGUCUUCGACCAGCGAGGCGCCGGCAUGCCCAGCCACAACCCCGCAUACCACCAGCAGCAGCCCCACCAGCAGCAAGUGGCGCCGCCACAGCAGCAGCAGUACUGGGCGCUGCCUCAGGCACACCAGCAGCAGCAGGAGUAUCAGCGGCCGGCGGAGCUGCCGUACCAGCAGCAGCAGUACCAGCAGCCGGCGGCGCUGCCGUACCAGCAGCAGCAGUACCAGCACCAGGGAGCCAGCCCCUACGAUCAGCAGCAGCAGCAGCAGCAGCAGGCGUAUGGUGCGAUGCAGCAGCAUGCAGAGCAGCCGGGCGGAGGCGGCGGUGGUGAAGGAUCCGGCCGUGCCUACCAGCAGCAGCAGCAGCAGCAGCAGAUGUGGCUGAGCAACGGCAGGUUCUAG